AUGGCGCGGACGGGCGACGACGAGGCGGCGAACGCGAAGGCGAGCGCGAGCGCGGGGAAGAAGUGCGCGGCGGUCGUCGCGGGAUGCGCGAUGGCGCUCGCGAUGGCGAGCGCGCGGGUCGCGGUGGCGGAUUCGCUGCCGGAUGAAGUCGACGUCAAGGUGCUGUGCGACGCGGCGUGCGAAAAGCGGUUGGAGAGUCAAGAGUUUAAGACGACGAAGAGCGGGCUGAGGUACAAGGAAAUCAAGGAAGGCGACGGGAUGGAACCGCCGGUUGGGUUCCAGGUCGUCGUGGAUUACAUCGCCAUGGAUGAAAAGGGACGAAUUUUCGAUAACAGCUUGGCCAAGGGCAAGCCGAACGAUAUUCGCGUCGUCGACUGCGUGGGUUCGGGCGAUUUUGAUUCCUGCACCGUGAUUCCGGGCAUGGACGAGGGGCUGCUGACGAUGAAGUCUGGUGGUGUUCGUAGGUUGUACAUUCCGGGCGAGCUGUCGUUUCCGAAAGGGUUGGCGAGCGCGCCGGGUCGACCAAAGGUGCCGCCGUUUUCGCCAGUCGUCUUCGACGUCAAUCUCUUGUACAUCCCGGGUUUCGAUUAG